AUGCCAUCCGUUGCAGCUGAUUCUGUCGAAAUUCCUGACUUGAGCAAGAAGUAUAUAAUGUGGGCGAAAGUAAAAUCAGCCGGUGUUGAACUUUCGCUGCCUCUUGAUAGUUGUUGCUCAGUGUCGCUUUGUAGUUUGAUCCAUGCUGAACGUGUCCAACAAAUGCAUCCAGACUUGAAAAUGACUAAGCUUACCAAGCCAGUUGCAAUUAAUGUUGCUAAUGAAGAUGCUGUUUUACAAGGGAUUGCCCUACAAGAUAUUCCUAUUACCUGGGGCCCUGGGAAAUCUUCAGUACAUACCAUGUUGGUUGUACCCAAGUUAGCUUGGCAUGUUUUGUUUG